AUGAUAUUUGCAAGUAUAAGACGUAUAUUUCAAUCAUUCAGAACAGAAGAAGAAGAAAGAUUAUAUUCAAGAACUGCCUUUUUUAAUUUAUUGGGUUUCUUGGGAUCCUGUGUUUUAUUUUCAUUUGUUGCUCAAAGAUUAUCUAGACAUCCAAGAGAAUUAGCUCAUAUCGCUAAAGCAGAUGCUUUGUUAAGAGCAAUCACCAAUUGA